GCUCACCUGGACUUCGGGUGCGAAAUGCAAACAUCAGAUUGGGUGCAGCAUUCUAAUGCUCUCUUUGGAAAUGAGUGACACAUUUGGUCCGCAAAAGAAGCAUGGGUGACUGCAGCAUGAUGAUUGCGAUGGAGCAGGCAACAAAUGCGAGCGGAAAACAGAUUUGUUCACGUAGAAGCAGAUGCAUAUCGUGGCGACAAUACGUGGAUCACAGCCACCGACAUCGAUGUCCAACGUGUGAUAGGCAUGAAGCGCCCAGUGGUGAUCAAUAGAUUGGUUAUGAGAGAAAGCAACGACGCGCGGUGCAAUCCUCAAGCAAUUUCAGCCAGGAGCGCGCGCUCGCCACACGAAGCAUAUACCCACAAGAGCUUUUCUGUGACUGCGAAGGUCUUCUGUAAUUGCCAACGCCUAAAAGACCUGCACAGUCGAGCUCGCUUGGUUGUCUUGGGCUGCCAUCCUUGGCCGUUCCCAUCUGCUGUAUCAGAACCUGGCUUCCAUCAUGGCUCUUUCCCAUCCACGAAGUCUAUGCACGUAUCAAUGGCAUUGCCGAACGCGACAGUCCUCCGUCAAGUCUAUAUGAAAAAGUCCCUUCACCGCUCAUCACGGUCGACUGACUAUGUACAGGAGUUGUUUGAGCUUGAAUGCGGCUCACGUUUGUCGUUCAAAUGGUCGCGGAGGGCGUUGCGCCCUUUGCUUAUGAAUCUGACCCACAAGCGAGCUGGCGCCUUACUCUUUCCGCACAUCCCGCCCGGGUGAGACCACAUCGCUUGGUGUCGAUGGACUUAUUGCAACUUUGCCUUUACUUCAGAAAGUGCAGCUCGCUGUCGCGUUCGAAAGGAUAGCCCGUCACUAUCUGUCUUGAGCCUCAUCACGCACAACUGCAACACCCUGGAUCACAAGCACGCGCGACGAUCUGGACAUGAUGACUACUGAGGUCUACCCCA